CGAAAACCACUUGGCUGUAUAUUGCACAUCGCUAUUUCUUUAUUUCGGUCAUAAUCAAACAAUGGCUCUCCAACGAACACCUCCACAGAGAGUACAGCGUCUCUCUCCCAACCCCAUGGUUACAGCAGACGAGGUCUUGCAGAGUGGCGCAUCUCCGUUUCAGCCACGCAACCCGGCAGUCAUGCGCUCUCCCCCGGCAGGUUCACAACCACACUCUCAAUAUCAGCUCGCCCCAUCACCGACACCUCAGUCUCGACCACCACCUAAACAGCCAGAAGCAGGACCGGAAGCACCCCAAGAUUCUGCUGAAGAAGUGCCGGCGGAAGAGGUGGGACAGGAGCAAGAGGAUGAGCCAGCUACACACAAGAGUCUGAUUGUAGACGACCGGCCAAUCAGACCUGCGCCUGCAAUCGUGAUUGAACCAGAGGUGUCUAUGGAAGUGGAUGAACUGGAAAUCGCACCUGCUCCCGAACCAGAAGCAGGACCGUCCACAGCUUCUCAACAAGUGCCCGAGCAGACUGGCGAUGUGGAGAUGGAAGAGGUUGAACCUGAGCCUGAACUCGAGCCUCAACCCGAAUCAGCCCAGCCGUCAGAGCCCAUUAAACCUCCCAAUUCAUCUACCCCUCCGCCCUCCGAAAGCCCCGCCCUUGCUCCAGCACCAAAAUCUCCAUCACUCCCCCCCGCACCAGUCACGCCUGCCGCAAAAACGCCUCGCUCUCGUACACGCCGACAAACAAACCAAUUGCCGGCACCUCCGGCACCUAUACAGGUCGAUGAUGCAUCACAAGCGGUGUCACAGUAUGGAAAGAGGUAUCAGGUGACGUACGACGCGUUGGAAAGAGCUGUAAAAGCUGGUACACAACGAUGGACUGCGGACAACCUGAAAGACUGUUUCCCUCACUUGGCCGCACAGAUGCCCAAGGCAAUGGAGAAUGCCUGGAUGUCCACCAGCCACACUAUGCGUACCAAAAUAAUGAGCAAUGCCCAAGAGCUCUUAAAACAUUACAAAGCAGGUCCUGCGCUCCAGAUCAUUGAUGAAAUUGCUCAAGAAGCAAGAGAGCAUGCAAAACUUCAUGGCGGGAACGGGAACGUGUACACAAGACCCGAUGCAUGGCGUCCAAAUUUGGCACCACAUGCCCUUGUAGCGGCAACAAACUUACCGGUAUUGGAUGAGACAUAUGAGAGGUUGAGGGACGAGUAUCUCGGGUUGCAUAAAGAUUGCCAAGAACGUUAUGCCUCUAUAUUAGCCAAACAAGCUCAGCUAAAGCAAUUGGAAGAGAAUGUCGGCGAUGGUGUUGUGGAGCUUGAUAAAACACUAAAGGCUCUGGAUGGAUUACCAGUAGAGGAUAUGAUGAUUUGGACAGAGGCGGCGGAGACGAAGAUGGAGACGAGAGCACCAGAAUAUGGCGAAUAAUGAUAGUCGGUAGCAAACAUAAUUAUAGACAUUGCGAGCUUAUUGGUCUUCUUCUUGGGUGUAUGAAUCAUUUGUAUCGUUU